GUAGCUUUUUUAACUUUUAAUAUUUAAAAAUGGCUUCUUCAAACCAGAUUUCAAUUGAAUCAAGUGAAAAUAAUAUAGCUAGCCAAAGUUUUAACAAAUGUGAAGAUGAAGUUUUUAUAAACAUACUGUGCGAAUUGCCAAUACUUCUACAAAAAAGCCAAGUUCCAAACGUUAAAAUAAAGAAAAACAAAGCAUUUUUAAAAAUGCAAGACCUAAUGUUCCAAGCAACAGGAACAAAAAUUGAUACAAAAACAUUGGCGAAAAAGAUUGCCAACAUGAAGACAAGGUUAAAAAAAAGUCUGACAUCCAUCGAACUGGAAACAAGCUUAUAAAACUUUCAGCGAGUGAAGUCAAACUUGCUAAUCUUUUAGAUACAGAAAAGAAUCCUACCUUCACACAAAUUGAUGGGGCAAUAUCAGCAGGCAUAGUUCAAACUCCCAGUGCUGAAAUGAAUUCUGUAUUCAGCUCAUUAAAAAGUCAAACUAUAUUUUCAUUGCCACCAUCAGUUGAAUUUCUUGGUAAUGUUAAAAGUAGUUGCAGGAACACAUCUUCUCAAGCAUUGAGGUCAAUUCCAAAAAGAUUAAAACUACCUGGUGAAAGUAAAGAAACAACAAAAUGGACAAAUACAGAGCUUCAGUGUGUGGUCAUGCUGGAGCAGCUAAAAUAUUAUCGGUUAAAAAAUUUAAAGUUGAAAUAUACUACACCCCAACAUGUAUUAAAUGAAGAGGAGAUAGAUAUUGUUGUUGAUAUAAACGUUGAUGGAAAUAAAAUAAAACAUAAAAACGUGAAAAUAAAUUUUGGUUACUGUUAAAUGUACAGUAGUUUUAAAUUUACUUAAAUUAAGUUUUUUUUUUACUAUGUAUUACAUUUUCAACAUUUAAAAACGUUAUACAUAGUAUUAAAUGAAGGCUAAAUUAAUUUAAAUU